ACUUCAACAGGAUUAUCCGCGUUUUGCCUUUAUCAGUGCACUGUUGGGUUCGCAUUAUCGGGACGAUGCUGUAGUAACGUUUGUGCGUGUUUUUCCCAUAGAUCCCUGAUAUUCCUCGUAUUCGCCCUUGUCGAUUCAUACUCGCAGUGGUGCCACGCUAUUUAUGUGUGUGGUCAGUGGUGUUUACAUUGACGAUGCAAGUGGAAGGAAGUACAUGCCGGCUGUCAUACGAAGUUCUGUGUUUGAUAACAUGUGCGUGAUUACAUUAUGAUAUUUUUUCGUAUCGUAGUAAAUAAUGUUGAAGGCGUAGAACGAAAAAUUGGUGAAAAUGUCACUUAUAGUAGCAUGGCUAGUAACGACAGGAUUGUUUAAUGUUGUUGCGGCGUCUGUUGGCGAUAGAACCCUGUUCUAUAAAAACUGUGUUGACAGAUGUGUCGGACAAAACUGCACGAAAGAUGGCCUGGACUUUUCCACGGCAGUUCAGCCGUUCUACCAAAGAGCGCUAAAAUGGACUUGUAGGGAAGAGUGCCAGUACAGCUGUAUGUGGCAUACAGUUGAAAACUUCUUAAGACGUAAUUGGGAUGUUCCACAGUUUCAUGGAAAAUGGCCCUUUAUACGUUUUCUUGGUGUGCAAGAACCAGCCUCCUUCAUUUUUUCUGUGAUGAAUUUUGUCUCGCAUCUUUUGAUGCUGAGGAGGUUUCACAAGGAAGUAAGGAGAGAUAGCCCAAUGUAUUGGUUCUGGCAUGUGUAUGGGGCGGUCUGCUUGAAUGCAUGGUUGUGGUCAGCAGUGUUUCAUGCAAGAGAUACAGUGCUUACUGAACAAAUGGAUUACUUUUGCGCAUUUUCAAUGGUGCUGUUUUCCUGCUAUGGUAUGCUUGUGAGGAUGAUGUCUGGGAAAAUUAAUCUGCUAACAAUGUUACUGACAGCAGUGAGUCUUCUGUUUUUCAUUCAUCAUGUUACAUACUUGACAAUGGUACACUUUGAUUAUGGCUACAACAUGAAAGCAAACAUUGUUGUAGGUAUCGUGAAUGGACUGGGAUGGUUGUUAUGGUGUACGUGGUGUCGAAAGAUGCAGCCCUAUGUUUGGCGCUGUGCCCUGUUUGUAGUGUUGGCUGGUCUCUCAUUACUACUUGAGAUUGCAGACUUCCCACCUUUGUUAUGGACGUUAGAUGCCCAUGCACUCUGGCACCUCGCCACAGUGCCACUUCCAAUAUUGUUCUACAGAUUUUUAAUUGAAGAUUGCAGACAUAUGAGGAAGUUACGAGAAAUGCCUGAAAAACCUCAUCAGUCUUGAUUGGUGUCUUCUUUGAAUAUUGUGUAUGUUCUCUUUAACGGGGGGGGGGG